GUUAGUUGUGUAUGUUACUUUCCUGAUAUUUGUUUUGCAAGGGAGUGUGUAGUUUUAAAGGAUACUGACGAAACAACGAAGGGCCAAACGUCUAAAACUGUGCACGUCUGUGGAAUGGCCACAAAGCAACUGGCAAAGCAACUUGGAUUUAUCAGACGACGCUCUUUGGCUUUAGCUAGUGAUGUGCACCCCAAACCUAAAUCAAAUCAGUUAUAUGCAUACAUAAUUGUAAUCGACUUUGAGUCAACGUGCUGGAACGAUGGCAAGAAGCACUACACACAGGAGAUAAUUGAGUUUCCUGCAGUUUUGUUGAACACCUCUAACGGGCAGAUUGAAUCUGAAUUCCAUACCUAUGUGCAACCUCAAGAGCAUCCAUUUCUGUCUGUGUUUUGUACUGAACUGACAGGAAUAAAACAGAGUCAAGUUGAUGCUGGAGUCCCACUGAUGAUCUGCUUGUCCCAGUUCUCUCGCUGGAUUCGACAUUUACAGCAGGAGAAAAAUAUAGCUUUUGUGUCUGAUGCCUCCAAGCCUAGUAAUCCAGAGACAAAUGUCUGUGCUUUUGUGACAUGGUCAGAUUGGGAUCUAGGUGUGUGUUUGCAGUAUGAACGCAGAAGAAAACAACUUAGAAAACCUGAUAUUUUGAAUGGUUGGAUUGACCUCAGAGCCACUUACAAGUUGUUCUAUAGAAGAAGACCUAAAGGACUAAAUGGAGCUUUGCAAGAUCUGGGAAUUGAAUUUUCUGGCCGGGAACACUCAGGUCUGGAUGAUGCUCGGAAUACUGCCCAUCUUGCUUGGAGGAUGAUUUGUGAUGGAUGUGUGAUGAAAAUUACCAAAUCUCUAAACAGGCUGCAUGAAUUCAUACCAUUGAAGUCUGGAGAUGAACCCGGUGAAUGCGACAGCUCUCUACAUUUUUGUGAGCCGUUUAGUGAUGGACUGUGAUGCUGGCAGUUCGCAGCCGUUUACCGAGAUCAACAGGCUGUUACCCUUUUUCAGACAGUCACUCGCUUGUUGUGUUUGUGGUGAGCAGGUCGCAUUGUCUUCUGAUUUUUUGGCACUUUUAUUUAAUUAAUUUGGUUUCUUUGAAAAGCAGUUAGGUCGUAUUUGUUGUAUAGAAGUACUUUUUCCAUGGCCUAUUCGGAUGCAAAAAAAGUAUUAAAAUACACACUUUAGGGUUACAGCCACAUUACCUUAACAAGUAAAUUUGAUUGUGUUGUUGUUACACUUAGUGCAGUAUUUUGUGGAUUUUUUUCUUCGUUAUGAACGUAUCACGAUUUGUAUAAACACACAUUUUAAUUUAUAAAGUUGCCAGAAUAACCUAUUUUGCUUUAGUACGAAUUUUUGAAAGAGAAGUCUAUCCUCUUCCUAAGACCCCAUCCUUUUAUUUUUGUUUGUGCUGCCUACUCAACUCCACUACAUCAAUCUCUGCCACCUCUGCUUGCCAAACAUGCCUCCCAAAAUCCUUCAUAAUAUCUAUGUCCCAUCAUUAC